AUGAUUGUUGUUUUCUCCUCACAAUGGUGGGUCCUAACAGUCAGAGGUGACGGAAAUCGGAAAUCAAAAUUUUUUUCGGAAAUCGGAAUGAAAAAAACGUCGGAAGUUGGAAUUCCGACCCACAUCUGCUCUAUUCGAGCAUAUAUGGUAAUAAUUGUUGUUUUUGUUAACUUUUCUGAAUUUAUUUUAUUUUUUCCUAUAUAAAUAAAAUUCAUUUUUAAUUCAGUUUUAAAUUUCUCAAUUAAUUUUCUUUUAAUUUUCUGAUCAAAAAAUAUUUUUGGUCGAAGAAUGAAACAGUUUCCCCUUUCAACUAAUUUAAAUUCCUUGUUAAACACUCUGAUUUUAAUUUU